GAACGCGCUUGUUAAAUAGGCACGGGAGAGAAAGAGGGCAGAGCGCUUUCUCCCUGGUGACUUCGGUGGCCGUUAAAGCAGGCACAACUCUUGAAAGGAUGUUUACAUGGUGGACAAUCGUUUCUUUCCUGGUGUGUGUGAUUCUGGGAGUGCAAGGAUGGCCGGUGAAGGAAGGAUUCAGCUUCAAACCCUACCAGCCUCUUAUACGAUUGCGUCACAAGCAGGAAAAGAGUCCAGAGAAUUCAAGAAAUAAAGGGUAUGUGGGCCACGAUCAUCCUCUUGGAUCAUGCGAAAAUAAGUACUGUGGAUUGGGUAGGCAUUGUGUUAUUAACAGAGGGACAGGACAAGCAGAGUGCACCUGCAUGGACCACUGCAAGCCUCACUACAAGCCUGUGUGUGGAUCUGAUGGUGAAUUCUAUGAAAACCACUGUGAAGUGCACCGAGCUGCCUGCUUGAAAAGGCAAAAGAUUACCAUUGUUCACAAUGAAGACUGCUUCUUUAAAGGGGACAACUGCAAAUCUAUUGACUACAACAAGAUGAAAAAUUUUCUGCUGGAUCUACAGAACAGAAGAUACCUUUUGCAAGCAAGAGAAAGAAAUGUUGAAGAUAAAUUGGCUCUGAAGAAAUUAUUGGUGGAUCAGAUGUUUAAAUAUUAUGAUUCAGACAACAAUGGCCUUGUGGAUAGUAAUGAACUGACGCAGGUAAUAAAACAGGAUGAGCUUGGCAAGGAUCUCUCGGACUGCUCUCUAUUCGAUCUGUUGAAAUAUGAUGAUUAUAAUGGUGACAAGCACCUAGGCCUGGAAGAAUUCUAUAGAGCAUUUCAAGUAAUUCAACUGACUCUGCCAGAAGAUCAGAAAGUAAGCAUCACAGCAGCAACAGUAGGACAAAGUGCAGUUCUAAGUUGUGCCAUUCAGGGGACCCUGAGACCUCCCAUCAUCUGGAAGCGAAACAAUGUCAUUCUGAACAACUUAGAUCUGGAAGACAUCAAUGAUUUUGGUGAUGAUGGGUCCCUUUACAUUACUAAGAUUACCACAACUCACAUGGGAAAUUACAGCUGCUAUGCAGAUGGCUAUGAUAAACUCUAUCAGACUCAUAUUCUUCAAGUGAAUGUUCCACCCGUCAUAAGAGUCUUUCCGGAAAGCCAAGCCAGAGAGCCUGGUGUUACUGCCAGCCUUCGAUGCCACGCUGAAGGUAUUCCCAGUCCACAGCUUGGCUGGUUAAAGAAUGGAAUUGAUAUUACUCCAAAGUUGUCUAAACAGUUAACUCUUCAAGCAAAUGGCAGUGAAGUUCACAUUAGCAAUGUGCGCUACGAAGAUACGGGGGCUUAUACCUGCAUUGCGAAGAAUGAAGCAGGGGUGGAUGAAGACAUCUCAUCCCUUUUUGUGGAGGAUUCUGCUCGAAAGACCCGUCUGGGAAUUGGGAACAUGUUCUAUGUGUUUUAUGAAGAUGGAAUCAAAGUAAUACAACCUGUAGAAUGUGAAUUCCAGAGACAUAUUAAACCGAGUGAAAAGCUCCUUGGAUUCGAGGAUGAAGUUUGCCCUAAAGCUGAGGGAGAUGAAGUCCAGCGAUGUGUCUGGGCAUCUGCUGUCAAUGUAAAAGACAAAUUCAUAUACAUAACUCAACCCACCUUGGACAGAGUGUUGAUUGUAGAUGUACAAUCACAAAAGGCUGUGCAGGCCGUAAGUACAGACCCAGUACCAGUGAAACUUCACUAUGACAGAUCGCACGAUCAAGUAUGGGUGCUCAGUUGGGGAAGCUUUGAUAAGAACUCUCCAACAUUACAGGUGAUUACCCAGGCCAGCGGGAGUAUUUCUCACCAUACUGUUCAUACUCAACCAGUGGGGAAGCAGUUUGACAGAGUGGAUGACUUUUUCAUUCCAUCUACAACACUCCUCAUCAACCACGUAAGGUUUGGAUUUAUUCUUCACAAAGAUGAACCUAUACUGCAGAAAAUUGACCUUGAAACGAUGUCAUACAUCAAGACAAUUAGCUUAAAGGAUUACAAUUGUGUCCCACGGUCUGUGGCUUACACACAUCUUGGAGGAUAUUAUUUUAUCAACUGUAAGCCUGAUACUACCGGGGCUGUUCCACCGCAGCUAACAGUGGACAGUGUUACUGACUCUGUUAUUGGAUAUAAUGGUGAUGUAACAGGAACUCCGUAUAUCUCUCCAGAUGGUCACUACCUAGUCAGCAUUGAUGAUGAGAAAGGUCUCAUGAGAGUCCAAAUCAUUACAAUCAGAGGAGAAAUACAGGAUGCCUUUGACAUUCAUACCAAUUUGCACAUAUCUGAUGUGGCUUUUCAACCAUCGUUUACUGAAGCCCAUCAAUAUAAUAUCUUUGGUAGCUCUAGCACGCAAACUGAUGUGCUGUUUGUAGAAUUGUCCUCUGGCAAGGUGAAGAUGGUGAAGAGUCUUAAGGAACCUCUUAAGUCAGAAGAAUGGCCUUGGAACAGUAAGAAUCGAUUAAUUGAGGGCAGUGGGCUCUUUGGUCAGUACCUGAUGACGCCUUCCAAGGAAUCUCUGUUUAUUCUUGAUGGACGAUUGAAUAAGCUGAAUUGUGAAAUUACUGAAGUUGAAAGAGGAAACACAGUCAUUUGGGUUGGAGAGGCAUAAGGAACCAUAUUAGAUAACAACUGAGUGAAUAGUUUUACAGUACACUGCACUUAACUUCAUGUUCUAAAUAUUCACUUUUUUUUAACUGUUAGACCCUUCUGUACAAGUGAUGUGGUUGACUGAAAUACAAUUUUGGUGAUAUAAAAGAUGCUGAAAUUGUGAUUAUAUAUUCGAUUUCCUAACUAUAAUUUCCUGAGGACAGAUUGGCCAGUUGGUGGAAAUUUUAAAUUGAUGUCCCUCAAUCAGUGAGCCACAACAUGUUGAAAUGAUGCAACAUUUUAUAAUGAAGGUCUUUUUUAAAGAAAAAAAGUCAUUUUGACUCAAUCAGAUUCAUCAAAUCGUUAGGUUGUUGAUUAUGUAUAACCUUAGAUUUCUUAAACUGAAACAUUCUGACCUGCCUGACCAGUCCAGUCCACUAUUUAAUCUUUUUGUGCCUUGAAGGGAAAUGUCUCAUGAUGAGGAAAGAGAAGCCUAAGAAAUGUGUGGUUUUAUGCCCCCUUGUGGCUGUAGGCUUUCUUUUUCCCUAAAAAGAAGCUUUUGAUAUCCCAGUUUCGUUUUGUUUUUUCAUUUCCAUCCAAUAGUAAAGCAUUUGCAACGUUUAUUUUUUCCUCUUAUUUGAAUCAAUGUAAUUUUAGGAUUUUAUUGCACAUUUUAGUUGAAGUUCUAUUAACUGUUCAUAGAACUUUGACUCCUUUUAAGCAGAGUUAGGCAACUAUUUACCCCACCAGUUAAAAAGCCUGCAACAACAGGGAGUUUCUGCUCUACUAAAGAGAAGCAUCUAGUGUAUCGGCCUAGGAACAAACAUGUUUUGUCAGAUCUGUAGCAAGAAGCUUCACUUAGAGUCUCUCUACAUGAGACACUUGGGCACAUGUCCAUCAAGUAUUGAGAUACGCAAG